AUAUGUAAACACCGACGCGUCAAAUUGCCCAUAGCACCCUCAUACAUGGCGUUGAAGGCCCAGGCUGAACUCAUAUUGUUGCUUCGCUAAAACAUCUGCCCCACGCCUUAGGCAACCAAUAUACCGGCUUAAUCUUUUCCUAUGUGGGAAACAGGGUGUACUGGUUAGAGAAUUCUAUCCUGUUAACAAUAGCCAUGCGGUCCGACCGGGGACCAGUAAGCCUGCAAGUCCCGCAACGCUCUGUGCUCGAGGAGUAUAAAGCGGCAUCCCCUGGCAGCUUUUCUGGAGGCACGCGUCAACCAUCUGCGGGGAGGAAAUUGCCUGGUGGAAAGCCUUUGCUGCCGGAGUUCCCAAGGAGGGAUGAGAACGGGGCGUACAGACAGGGCUUAAUAUCUGCAAUAUUAGGCGGUGCUGGUUAUGAAUGCGAGCAUCCCCGGUCCGGGGGCGGGAGCGCUUCCUAUGCCAGCAGCAGCACCGCAGCACCUGGGCGCUCCACUUCAGUACCACGCCCAGCGCCGCGCACCUCAUCCACGCAGACCAGCGCUGGGCUUAUCGGUGCCGGCGGCAGCAGCGGGCCCGCAUCCGCGGCUGCCGCAGCAGCAGCCCUAAGUUCCGGCCCGGCCAGUCCCCGCAACGUGGUGCGAUGCCCGGUCCCGCCCAGCAGCAUCCUGGACGGCCUGCGCGCCCCCUCCCUGGUGGUGGCGCUGGACUCCCUGAAGACGCCCUCCGUGGUGGCGGCCUCCCGGGCGCAGCGGGUGAACGGCAGCAGCGGGCUGGACUACAGCUCGCUGCAGGGCGGCACCAGCGCCUCCAGCGUGAGGCUGAAGCGUCAAGCGGGUAUUGGUUCCGAACCACCCGUCGGCAUCCCGAGCAUGCCGUGCUCACCAUCCUGUCACGUGCCACAGCAGCACUACAUGCAGCCAGACCCGCUGAGGCCGGUGUACCUGUCAGGCCCAGCCGCCGGCACGGCCGCUGGCGGCGGCGCUGUCGGGACGACAUCAGUGUCGUCCGCAGCCGCGGCAGCCGCGGCAGCUGCUGCGAACGCCGCAGCCGCGGCGGCAGCUGCUGCGGCGUCGGCCUCCAGCCGCCGCGUGUCCUUGGAACGUUCCGCCGCUGAACGUGUUCUGUCUCGGCCAUCCAGCUUCUCCAGCACAACAGCAGGCAUGUACGGCGCCUCUACCGUCGGCGGCGGCGGCGGUAGCAGCGGCAGUGUCUCCGCCAGCGGUCUGCCCAGCCCCUCGGCGCCGCCGCUGCCUGCCGGAGGAGCCGUGUAUGCGUCGCAGUACGCAUAUCAGUACGGCAGCUCUCCAAGCACGGUAUACAUCCCUGCUUACAGCGCGGCGGGACACUCAUCGUCAGGCGGGACGACUGCGACGUACGUGGCCUCUGCCGGCUCCUCAUCCAUCAGCAGCUCUGGGGCAGCGAGUGCUGCGGCGGCGGCGGGCGCCGCAGCCUACCUGGCAGCAAGCGCCGGCCUGCCGCCCCGCCCUUCCAGCCUCAAUGUCGCCGGCGCAUCCGCCGCUACCUCCUAUUCAUCACUCUUGCCGACACCAACUUCCUCCGUGCUCCCCUCCGCGCCGCCGCUCAUGUCACCCCUCUCUCCUUCCACCCCAAGCGCGCCCCCGCUGUUCUCACCCUCGGCAGCAACACACGCGCCGCCGCUCCCAACCGACACCGUCGCCACUCGGUCGGUCCAGCGCACCUUGAGCAGCUCCCUGCCACGCCCCCCUGCCGGCGCCGCAUCCGUCGGCGCCAGCGUCCUCACAGGAGCCGCCGCCGCCUCCAUCGGUUCCGCGACCACAGUAGCGACGGCAGCGGCGUUGGCAGCAGCCUCCUCGGGUGCUGCGGGCGGCAGCCGGCUGCGAGUCGUGACCGUGCCGGGAGAGGAGCCCAGCGGCGGUGCGGACGCCGGCAGCAACUCCAGUCUCCGGCGGGUGCAGCUGGCGGAUGAGCAACUGCGGUACACGGGAUCAGGCGCGGCACCGCCGCCGCCCGCAACAUCCGUUAGUGCUCCGGUUUGCAGCGCGAGCUCGGCGGCGGUGACGUCAGCGCCAGCAGCUGCAGUUCCGGCGGCCACACCGGUUCGGCCCAUGCCUCCGUACGGCAGCACAACGGCGACAGCAGCCGCCACCAUCACCACCACCACUGCCUCCGUCGCUGCCGCCGAUAGCCAAUACCACAGCCAACAUGCCCAGCUGCCCCAUUCACACCCGCAGCAACCCCAGCACCAGCAAUCCCAGCAGCAGCAUCCCAGCAACCCCCACCCGCAUUACAACCCAUCCCUAGAGGCGGGCGGUGCCAGCUACAGCAACGCAAGCACCAGUAGCACCGUCAGCAGCAAGUCCAGUGUGGCGGUUGCGGGCACGGGCGUGUCAAGCGCCAGCAGCAGCCGCACGGGUAGCAGCACCUCGCAACGGAGUGCCACGCAGGACGUGCCCUCCCCCUCGACGGCGCAGCAGCAGCACUCACAUCACCAACCGCACCAGACACCACACCCCCAGUACCACCAGCAUCAGCAACAACACCCGAGCCAACUGCAACACCAGACACAUGCGCCGCCCUCGGCUCAUGCGGCUGGUGCGAGCAGUACCACCAGCAGCACCACAACCGCGCGGCAUGCAGCGGCUGCAGCUACAGCCCCAUCCGCGGCUGCUGCAGCGCACGCGGAAAGCGUCUCGAGAGCAGCGGCUUUGUCGGAGGGUGGGGCCUCAACGGGGGCCGCCGCCGCCGCUGCAGAAGGGGGCCCAGCAUCUGGCGGGGGCAGUGCAGGGAGCAGUGCAAAAGCUCAUGAGGAGCGCGGCCUGGCGCCGGUGUGCGGUCCGCUGCCGGACCUGCCCGUGGUGCUGCCCUCACGUGACACGCCGGCGGGCCGGGGCUGCGUGGGGCUGCAGAACCUGGGCAACACCUGCUUUAUGAAUUCCAUCCUGCAGAGCCUCAACGCGGUUCCGGAGCUGGUGCAGCAGUUCUACAAUCCCGCAGAGCGCAACUGGUCUUCUAAGGCGAUCGUGGCCCCCGCCUACAGCAGCCUGGUUCGCGACAUGAUGGCGGGUUCCCUGGGCGGUGUGGUGAACCCCGGCGCCUUCCUGCGCAAGGUGUCCAAGCACGACGGGCGGUGGGGCGACGGGCGGCAGCAGGACAGCCAGGAGUUCCUGAACAGCCUGCUGGAGGUGCUGCAGUCCGAGUGCAAUCGCAUCACCAGCAAGCCCACCUACCGCGAGCUGCAGAGCAAGGGCAGCGAGGAGGCGCAGGCGGCGGAGGCCUACGCCUACGCCCGCUCCUGGAACGACUCGCUGGUGGACGACAUCUUUGGCGGCCUCACGCAGUCCACCAUCCAGUGCCACGCAUGCAAGCGGCUGAGCCACACCUUUGAACCCUUCCUGGGCCUCGCGCUGCCCAUCCCCGGCUCCUCCUCUUCAUCCUCUCCAGGAGCGGAUCGCGACCGAGAUCGUGAUGGUGGCGGCGGGAGUGGUGGUGGCUCGGUGUCGGUUGCGGACUGCCUGCGCGCCUUUGUGGAGUGUGAGGAGCUGGAGGGCGACGACAGCUACAAGUGCGAGGCCUGCAAGCGCCGGCAGCCGCACAGCAAGCGGCUGCAGAUCUUCCGACCUCCCCGGGUACUUGUGCUAACGCUCAAGCGCUUCGCACAGCGCCCGGCAGCCCCUGGCUUCUUCUCGCGCUUCCGGUCGCCGGCGAAGAACAACACCCCCGUACGGCUGGAUCCGGAGCUUCUGGAUCUCACGCCGUACUGCAACCCGCUGGGGCUGCGCGGGCUGAGUAUCCGCGGGCGGGGCCCGGUGGCUCCCGUGUACCAGCUUGUGGCUGUGUCGCACCACAGCGGUAGUCUGGAGGGCGGGCACUACACGGCUCAGGCGCGCAGCUGCCUGGACGGGCAGUGGUACAACUUCAAUGACAGCACGGUGCGGCGGGAGGCGCGACCCAGCGGUGCCAGCAGCAGCGCGUAUGUGCUGUUUUACCGGCUGGCCAACCUGCCGCCCAGCAAUUUGUAGGUGCUGGGAGAAGGAGGAGGAAGAGGAGGUGACAUGGGGUGCAGGUGCCGUGCUUGGGUAGGUGGGUAGGUCAGGAGGCGAUUUGGGUGGUGAGGGGUUGUGGCUUGCGAAAGUUUAGGAGCGGUGGUGUGCGGCGGUAUGGCUCGACGCGAUCUGGAGCAUUCCACAAGAGGCUUUGUUGGACUUGGAGGGUAGCGGUUAUUGGAGGCCGGGAUUUCUGUAUGUAGGUUGACAUAACACCGAGUAUUAUUAGUACAUAGGCAUAUUACUUUUGAGGGAAAGCUUAUGGGGUUUGGGUUACAGCAGGCGGGGCAGUGAGCGGUCCGGGCGCUAAUGUUCUGCUCUUAGCGAGAUCCGCACAAAGCAGGACAGCAGAUGUGAGCCGUAUGCGUGUAUGGUAUUACCUUUUGUAAUGUGCCUUGCGAGUCUUGCGGUGGAGGGGGAAGUGUAGAGUUAGUGAGGCUGGCGGGGCUGUGUGGCCGUGUGUUUGGGCUUUCGACCCGCCUGUUGGUCUGGGGGAGAGGCGAGGUAAGGUGGGGCGGCUUGGACUGAAGGAUUGCAUAGUGCACGCAUACGGGAUUUUGUAUUAAGUAUAACCGUGAUAAGAACUGGCGUUUAGCGGUAGAUACAUAGGUGUUAGGAGGAUACAGCCGGCUUACGGAUGCCAUGGGGAUGACCCUCCAGCGAAGGUUCAUGGUGUCAUGAAGUUGGGUGCGUUAGGUGGAACGGUACACGGAUCGUGACCUGGUCUGGACAGCGUUGAUAAGGACCCUGCGGAAAGCAGGUGCGGGAUGUCAUGUCCCCAUGUGCCUGUGGAUGCUUCAGGUGCAAGGAAACGUACCGGUAUCAGUCCUCUCCUGGAUCUGUGCCGUACUGUUCGGCAUCCGGUGACGUGUGCAGAGUGGAAGCGGUUGACCGCUGUGACUGUCUUGUCCAUGGCCCCUGUUAAGAGAAGACAACAGUGCAUGAGGCCGACGGCUGCGCGUGGAAAAAGCGGUGGUUGGAAAACGAGCCUCGGGUCUCUUUUCGUUCCGCUACAGGCUUCACUCUUGCCGAAUGACAGAGGCCGGUGCCUUGUUUUGUCACUGUUGGGCUGCAGGGCACUGGUUGACAGGAGUGAUAUCGGCAUACAUUGGAGUGAUGGCCACUGCGUUCCCGGGCAGUGUGUUUGCAUGGGAAGCGCUUGCGGUGGCAACAGUGAGAGGCGGACAGCUGCCCUAUGUCGCGAUGAUUACUGACAGGGCAAGGGGAUAGCUUUUGGUGAAUUGUUGCCAAACAAACCGGAGCGAAGGCGGUGGCGGUGCGGUAUGAAGAGGAGCGCUGAGGAAGCUGCUUGUAUCUGCUGUGCCGCUGCUUUGGAGGGUUUUGGAGGCCCGGGUGGGGUUAAGGGCGUGAUGUGUUACCGUAAGCGAACUAUUGUAGCAGAGGCUGUGGUGUUUUGCAAAGUGCGGGGCCUGCUUUCGUGGCAUGGUGAACGACUGAGCGGGUGCGGAUGACAACGUUAUAGGAAGGUCAAUGAGUGUCUUGCGGAAUAAUUAGUUGGGCAGUCAGCUUUAACGCUGACGGGCCAAGGCGCAUAACGCACACGUGGUAAUAUCUUGCGCCAGCGGUUCUACAGUUGGAAACCUUCGCGCCAUAAAAUUAAAAUUUGGUGGCUAGUGUGGCAGGUAGGCGGGCGGGGAAGCCAAAUGUUGCUCCUCAUGCCGCACCCUUAACAUUCGGUACUUCAGACGUGAUCAGGUGCAUUUUGGUGCUCGUCUUUCAAUUUUUCAGAGCCCCUGAAGCCUCUUGGGUGGUUUGCUGGCGAGUUAUGAUGUUCAAGUAUGUAGUUGGGCUGUCCCUUUGAAUGCCAAGUCUUGUGAUUAUGGUUCUUGCAUGGUGGUGGUGGUUUAAUUGUUAAUGGGGGAAAAUAAAUGGGGGAGGGAAAGUCCUAUCUGGGCGGCCGGAGGAAGGACUGCUGUACACACCGUACGCCCGUGCACAUACGCCCGAGCGCAUGCACCGGAAUUCGGGACGACGGUUUCAAUGCUACAAGCACGCCCAUAGCAUCGGCAUGACGUUGUAUAAACUCUGGUAGGUUGCUGCUUGCAGUUAUGCUUACGAAGACAAAGGCGUCAUCAGGCCGUUCGUCAUCAGGCUUACCCGCUCAGGGUGUGGUACUGGAUGUUUUUCCUGCAGCACCUCUCCAUG